AUGUUGUUGACUUCAUUACUCACGGCCGCUGCGCUGUUCCGCCCUCUUCAAGUUCGUGCCUGUGAGGACCAUGACUGGACUUCGCCUGUUCUUGGAGGCUAUCUCGACCAUGACCUGAUGAGACGGCAUGAACUUGGUAAAAGAAUCCAGCCUCAGGCCUUGAGAACUCCUGCACAACAGAUCAAAGACUUGCACUGGGGCCAGCUCAAUUUUCUCCACACCACUGACACCCACGGAUGGCUCGCUGGUCACUUGCUCGAUGAGAAUUACAGUGCUGAUUUUGGUGACUUUGCUGAUUUCGUCAGAAAGAUGAAAGCUAAGGCAGACUGGCUCGGUGUGGAUCUAUUGCUUGUCGACUCAGGAGAUCUCCAUGAUGGCACAGGCUUUGGAGAUGUCACCACUCCCAACGGGAAGUUGACCCUGCCCAUAUUCAAAAAACUUCCUUACGAUCUCCUAUCCAUUGGGAAUCAUGAGCUUUACACCACGGAGAUUGCAAAUGAUACCUAUCAUAAUUUUGCGCCCAACUGGGGUGGGCGCUACUUGACAUCGAACGUCGAUUUCAACCUCACUGGGGUUGCAAAGCCCUUCUCACAACGAUAUGCUUACUAUGAGACCAAGUUUGGUAUCAGAAUCAUGAGCUUUGCGUUCCUGUUCAACUUUACUGGAAACAGCAACGCAAGCAUCGUCACACCUGUGGGUAAUGCUGUCAAGCAACCUUGGUUCCAGGAACAAGUGAAAAGAACGGACAUCGAUUUGUUUUUAGUCGCGGGACACAUCACCCUACGAAAUUCCACGGAAUGGGGGUUGAUAUACUCUGCGAUUCGACAAUAUCAUCCAACGACUCCGAUUCAGAUUUUUGGUGGUCACCGGCACAUAAGAGACUCUGUUGUCUUUGAUGCAUCAGCCUUUGGACUUGCAUCAGGCCGGUAUUGUGAAACGGUCGGGUGGGUUUCUAUUGACGGGCUUCCCUCAAAUGUAACUCGGGCCAAAUCACCACAAGGCUCGGGCACCAGAAUUACUCAGAAACCCUCGGCUGUGCCUGGUGUCACGCCCAACCUCAAUUCUUCAUUAUCUUUUACUCGACAGUAUCUCGACUUCAAUCGGUAUAGUUUCGAAUAUCACACCGGAACUACGGAACAGUCCUUCAAUACUUCUUACGGUCAGGGACUCAGCGAAGAGAUCACGGACUCAGUCGAGACUGUUCCUUCCUUGACCGAGAAAUUGGGAUGCUCCCCAGGAAACUUUUACCUGGACCGGUUUCCAUUGACAUCCAAUCAAAGUUUGUUCAACUAUCUGACGACUGUUGUUUUCCCUCAGGUCGUCGUCGAUCCGAAUCGCACGGAUGUACCUCGUAUUAUUCUUACCAAUACGGGAGGUUUCAGAUAUGAUCUCCUCAAAGGACCAUUCACCAUUGACAAUGCGUAUCAGACAAAUCCAUACAAGAACUACUGGCUUCGAAUGACAGCCCCAUGGUCCGUUGCCAAGGACCUGCUGCUAAACAUGCAGACGGAUAAAGUCUACAAACGUCAAGCAAGCACCAACAACACCCUGGUCGAAACUAGUGGAUACGUGACCAAGGACGACCUGGGCAGCGAUGGCGACAAUAUAGUCCACACACCGCAAGGUUACUUCAGCACUCCACACUACGUGCAGGCAAAUGUCAGUGUGGCCAACAUUACGGACGACACCCUCGUGGAUGUCUACGGCACAAGCUUCUUCACUGCGGCAGCGGGCAAAUACCUGCAGGGAAACACGACAGACUGGUUGCGUGCGGACGGCAACUACAGCAGCUUCGACACAAUGCCACGCAUGGCGAAGAUGUACUGGAGCCAAGAUUGCUAG